CCAAACGUACAUACGUACAUUCAUACUUAUACAUAUUCUAAAGGCGCAGUAUUUCAGGAAAAAUAACAGAGAAUAGAGUUUCGAAUUUCUUAUCUGGUUUUCUUUUAAGGGGCAAACGCGGCGAUAUAGGCAAGCGUUCAGCAGCAGCGCUUAGAAAAAGUACCCAGUAGGUAAUUUGGGCAGAGUGCGAAAUUCAAAGGCGAAGGCAAUGCCAAAGGCAAAGCAAUCCACAGACAUACAAUACUUGACUGCUGUUUAUCUGAGAGCAGCUAAACAUAUACACAUACAGGAUACAUUUGAAUGGGUUGGUGAGGAAAUUCAGCCAUUAUUCUCAGGCACGCACACACACACCAACCCAGAAAGAAAAUGUUUGUGAAGCGCUCUUUCGGCGUGAGUUUCUUGAAUUCACCUCAAUGGCUGAAUAGCGCGAAUGUACUCAGAAGAGCGCCGAGUGACCGUGUUUACAUGCGCGUCGGUGUACAUGCUAUGUACAUGUAUAGGUGAGUUCAACGCUAAUACCAAAGGUCUUUCAGUUAUAAACUAAAACGCAUAGAGUCGGCGAGUUUAGUCUGUGAAACAUUACCACCCGGUGCGGUUGAAAGCAAAAAAAAGCGUUGUCGGCAAACUGGAAAGUGUAACUCAAAAGUUGAUAAACACCGCUGUACUUUACUGUUACUAUUUCAAAUUUGAUAAGCAGUUAUUUGAAUGAAAAUAUGCGAAUUCUCUAAUCAAUUAUGCACUAGUCGCGUCGCGUAAUAAACAACAAAAUAAUCAAAGCUAAAAAAUUGCAAAUAAGCCAAAAAGUAUUUUUCAAUGCUACAAUUUUGAACUGCUGUGCUUUAGUAUUGCGAUACCUUGUCGAGUAAUCAGUCGAAAUCACAUAAGUAAGAACAAAAGUAACAGCAUAAGCAACAGUUAUAAAAUAAAUAAACUGGGAAGUGUAGAAGCGCCGAUAAACGGCAAAAGAUAAGCCAAUCAGCCAGCCAAACGCGCGCGCUGUUUUGUUACGUUUUCUCGUGUCGUAUCAAAUCGCAUUUAAGCGCGUCGCAUCGCAUCGCGUCGAGUCGCGCCAAGUGUGGCUCUAAAUCAACUAAAUACAUGAGCAAGAAGAACAACAACGACAGCCGACGUCACUUUGUGUAAAUUGCGCCCCCUUGCGCAAGUCGAAUCGAAUUAACUGACAUCGCGUUCGUAGCGUAUCGCGUCGCGGCGUCCAACUGCGUUUCUAAAAAAAAAAAAAAAAAAAUACAGAAAAUGCGUCGCAUUUGAUACAGCGUCUUACAAAUCGCGCUAUCUCCGCCACUGUGCGCUACUUAAGUUCCAAAGUAUUCAAUUGGAUUAAGUUGACCUUCAAAGCCAAUUGUAGCCGUACAGCAAAUAUCACAAAGCGUGCCGCAGUAGGCCUCACGUCCAGCGCAUUCAUCUGUUACUUCCCCUCCAUCUACAUUACACUUUGUCUGAACGCGGCACUUCGAGCAGCGCUUGACGACAUGGCCACAAAUACAGAAAUUUUACCCUUUCACCAUCAUACGACAAUUUCUCUACAAACUGCCGCUGCGCUAACUAACUACCAUGGCGGUGGUGGUGGCGGCGGCACGGGAGGCGGUGGCGGCAGCGGUAGUAAUCAUAACGGCGGUCCAGCUGCUGGCUCUGUACUUCCAACCGCUACACAGUUGGCUGCUGCCGCUUGGAAUAUGGAAGAUUGCCUCUACCAACAGACUGAAUUGCCCGCCCUCACACAGCGCGCACACCAUCUGCUGCGCUUCACACCCUAUGCAUUGCAUCAUCGCCCCCAACUGCAGACACUACCACCCGCGUUGUACCUCCAGCAUGCCGCGGCAGCUGCUGCCGCUGCGGCCGCACAUGCGCAACACCAUCAUCAUCAUCACCACCACCACCAGCAUCGACCUGCGUCGCCGGAGAGUCCGCCACCUAUUGAGGGUACACACAUUAGCAAUCUCUUUCCCGAAAUACUCGAGAUGAUCUUCCAAAAGUUGACCGUGCGCGAUUUGGGACGCGCGGCGCAGGUGUGUACCGCUUGGCGCGACGCCGGCUAUGCCAAGAGCGUGUGGAAAGGUGUCGAAGCCAAGUUGCAUCUGAAGCGCUCCAGUCCUAGUCUCUUCAAUUCGCUGGUGCGCCGUGGUAUCAAGAAGGUGCAGAUACUCUCGCUGCGUCGUUCGCUAAAGGAUCUCGUGCUCGGCGUGCCAUCACUAGUCUCGCUCAAUUUGAGCGGUUGCUUUAAUGUUGCCGAUGUUAAUUUGGGUCACGCCUUCUCCGUAGAUCUGCCAAAUCUCAAAGUACUCGAUUUGUCGUUGUGCAAACAAAUCACCGACACGAGUCUGGGACGCAUUGCACAGCAUCUGAAAAAUUUGGAGACACUUGAACUCGGCGGCUGUUGCAACAUUACCAACACUGGUCUACUGCUCAUCGCGUGGGGUCUGAAGAAAUUGAAGCACUUAAAUUUACGUUCCUGUUGGCACAUCAGCGAUCAGGGUAUCGGCCAUCUGGCCGGUCUGAGCAAAGAGACAGCCGAAGGUAAUCUGGAGCUGGAGUAUCUGGGUCUGCAGGACUGUCAGCGGCUCAGCGACGAAGCGCUCGGUCAUAUAGCACAAGGUUUAACGUCACUAAAGUCCAUCAACCUGAGCUUCUGUGUCUCUGUCACCGACAGCGGCCUCAAGCACUUGGCGCGUAUGCCCAAACUCGAACAACUCAAUCUACGUUCCUGCGACAACAUCUCCGACAUCGGCAUGGCAUAUCUCACCGAAGGCGGCAGCGGCAUCACCUCACUCGAUGUCAGUUUCUGCGACAAGAUCAGCGAUCAGGCGCUCACACAUAUCGCACAGGGUCUGUAUCGCCUGCGUUCGCUCAGCCUGAAUCAGUGCCAAAUAACCGAUCAGGGUAUGUUGAAGAUCGCCAAAUCACUGCAAGAACUCGAAAAUCUCAAUAUUGGACAAUGCAGCCGCAUAACUGACAAGGGGCUAGAGACAUUGGCACAAGAUUUGGUGAAUUUGAAAACGAUCGAUUUGUAUGGUUGCACGCAAUUAUCCUCGAAGGGCAUCGAUGUGAUUAUGAAGUUACCGAAGUUGUUAAAACUAAAUCUUGGACUGUGGCUCGUAAGAUGAUGCGUUCAACGCGGCAACAACAACAACUACAAUGUAUGCGCAAAGUAUGGUUUUGCGCAACAAAGGCGACUAGAGUCUACUUCAAAAUUGAUUGGAUGGAUUAAAAAAUUGGUUAAACGGAUUCAUGGGCGUAACAAAAGACGAGUAAUUGAGGGGAAGGCAAAAUUGAAGCGGCAAAAGAAGAAUCUAAAGCUUACGAGUAUGAUGUGUGCUAGCGAUGUGAAGUUAUUUACGAAAUUGAACUCAACUGCAUUACAGACAUUCGAUGAUGGCCAAGUAAUAACCAAAAAUUAUGCUAAUGAACUCAAGAAAGCAUUCGACUUUGGAUUACAGUGGCGAGACAUGGAUGCUGAUGCGCAGCUGCUAGCAGCGCAGCUAUAGGAGGAGUCAAGCCUGCGCAAACAAUGGGUCUGCGAACGCACGACCGAGCGGCUGAGACCCUGAAUCGGGCGCUAUAAUUACUAUACAACUGCACACAUACAGAAGGGAGCAAACGCACGAGUACGCGCAUGCAAAAGUACGCAAACACAGGCAGACAAACUUCGAUGCUAGGAAGACCCAAACACGGCCAGACACGGCGGAUGGGAAUGGGCAGGAGUGCAAAGGCGUAAAAUGAAACUUUUUGGAAAAGGGUGCAUGCAUAAAAAUGGUAGAGAGAAUAAAAUUCCUAAAAUAAGCUGGGGGGGGGGGGGGNGCAGGAAACAUGUUGAAAAUACUAAAAAGGAGAAAACAGCAAAAGCAAAGCCAACGCACAGACGGAUACAAGAGUGGCUUGUGGCAGCAGCAACAACAAGAACAAGAACAACGACGACAGCAGCAGCAAUAGAGGUAGCCGCAACGCAUGCAUGACUUUCGUUUCCCAUAAACACGCCGUGUACUAAAUUUAAAACAGCAAUGAAGAAUCCAAUAAAAAAGGCGAAUAGCUAAAAAAAUAAAAAUAAGAAUCGAAUAAAAGUAAAAAAAAAAUAAAAGUUAAAAGAAAUAUAAAAAAAAAACAAGCAAAACAAGGCAGUGGCAACGAGAACAGCUACAGCCGAGAAGGCAACAACAACAAAAACAACAACAAUUAACUUGUGCACAACCACGUCAGACACGCAAUGCAGUGCCGUCAAACGUACAGAUAGUCAGUCCAGUCCACUGGUAUUGGGACGGACAACACACCAGCAAGGCAGCCGCGCACAGCCAAGCUGCCUUUCAUGCAGAGAGGCAGACAGACAAACAAGACACACAGAGGCACACAUGGCCACAUUUGCACAAAAGAGUUUGCCUUUUUCUAUAUCCAUGGUACAUAUGUUUGUAGGCAUGUAGUAGUUAUGUACGAAUAUGUGAAUAUGUUGCUGCUCUGGAAUCAUGAUGACUACCGCUAAAGCGCGCAUGCAUGGCUGAGUCUGCCUGCUUUGCUGGUUGUUUACGAACAGCCUGAAUCGCUGGCUGGCUGGCUGGCUGGCUGCCUGACUGACUCACUGGCUGCCUGGUUAGCUGGUGCACCGCUGCAACGGUGAUGAGGCCAGGAACGGGAGACUUGACUUGGCUGGCGCAUGGAUGGCUUGGUUUUGCAAUGGCGUCUGACCGCCUUGUGUGUCCAUAUAUACAUAUAUAUAUAUAUAUAUAUAUGUAUAUACAAAUAUGCAUAUGGGUAUGCACAUAAAGUAUGUACAUAGUAUGUAUGUAUAUUUGAGCUGCGUGCAGACGGUAAACAUUGUGGCAGCAAUAGAAGCGGCGAGCCUUGGUUUUGAGGUGAAAAUGAAGAGUUGCAAAUUUUGCUUUUUGCCGGCAUAAAAUACAGAGUUUAUAAUUAUUUUGAUUACUGAAAUGAAGCGAAUAGGAUGACAGAAAAAGGAGAAGAAGAAGAAGAAGCAUGGCUGUGGAAGCGAGAAGAAGCAGCAUUGCCGGCCGGGCCGUUGAAAAAAAAACACAGAAAACCAGAAGCUGAACAUGGCAGCAAUAAUAUAACUAUAGCAAUAACAACAAGCAAUUGUUAUUGGUUGAUCUCGCGGGUCUUGGUAAAGCAAAGUCACCAACAGCUGUUCAAACUGCAGCCAACAUCAGUCGCAACAGCAACAAUAACGCGACAAAGCGAAACCAAACAGGGAAUAACUGAGCGCAGAACAAA